UUGUGAUAUGUGAUAUAUGACAGAUGCAUGUAUAUACGCUAGAUUUUUAGAAUUGCGGUAAAAGCAUCAUUUAUCAUUAUUACUGACUAGUGUAUUAUAAUACAGUCAAUAUGUCGUAUCUAUCAAGAAGAGAUGUCGACGACUUGAAGCCUUCGAUCGAGAAAGUGAUUUAUAAAACACUUGGUCAUAAUGAUUCCUCAGUAGCUAGAACGGCUGCAGAUUGUGUGAGCAGCGGGUAUGACAGAAAAAAAAUGGCGGACAAAUUGGGAGUAUAUCUGGAUAGCAAGAAAGCCAAAAGAAUAGCUGAAAAGAUUCAUGAUUUAGUGGAGGAUUACAAAAGUUCCCAUCGCUCAAAGAAAAGGCCCCGUGACGAAGAAGACUCAAGAAGUUCAAAAAAUGAGUCGAAAUUCGACAAUAAAGAUUCACAGGGGGCUAAGCCAAAGUCGAUCGAAAGCGAGAAAAAGACCACAUCUGCCAAUAAAAACGUCAAUAUAGCAAACUUGAAUAUUCCUCCACCCAGUAUUUACGGAAUACCUAUGGGUCUGCUGAACAGGGGAGAUGCAGAUAAGGCCCGUAAAAUUGCCCAGCUCCAGGCCCAAAUAAAAAACAAACUAUCGACGGGCAUUCUGGGAAAUGUUAUUCAAAUUCCCCUGUCUCAAAGCAAACCGGCCCCUUUAAUUUUGGACGAAGACGGAAGAACUAUCGACAAAUCAGGUAAAACUGUACAGCUCACCCAUGUAACUCCUACCUUGAAGGCUAACAUGAGGGCUUUGAAGAGGGAGCAGUUCAGAGGUCCCGGCGGGGAUAAGCAGAACGAAGACAGUACCGAGACGAACUAUGUCGAUCCUAGAAUCGGAGUGAAGCCAGCCAUAAGGACCAAGAGAGCUUUGAGGUUUCACGAACCCGGGAAGUUUCAGCAGCUUGCUGAACGCCUUCGCAUGAAGGCCCAGUUAGAAAAACUCCAGAAUGAAAUCUCUCAAAUAGCGAAGAAGACGGGGAUAUCUUCUGCCACUAAACUCGCUCUGAUUGCCAAAUCCGAUGGACACAGCGAUGAGAUUCCCGAUGUGGAAUGGUGGGAUUCCCCUAUUUUGGAGGAUAACUAUUGUACCAUGGUCGGGGAUGAAAUCGCCUUUAAAGAAUCCACCAUAAACAACCUGGUAGAACAUCCUACGCAGAUGCGGUGUCCAACCGACCCCAUCAAGCCCGUGUACAUGCCGGUUUUCCUCACCAAGAAGGAAAGGAAGAAGCUCCGGCGUCAAAACAGAAGGGAAGCCUGGAAAGAGGAGCAGGAAAAAAUUCGGUUGGGUUUGGAAGCGCCUCCGGAACCCAAACUGAGAAUAUCGAACCUGAUGAGAGCGUUGGGAACGGAAGCCGCUCAGGACCCCACGAAAAUCGAGGCCCACGUCAGAGAGCAGAUGGCCAAAAGGCAGAAGACGCACGAAGACACGAAUGCAGCAAGAAAACUGACGGCUGAUCAGAAGCGGGAUAAAAAGAUUAAGAAAAUCAAAGAGGAUACGUCGUUGGGUGUAAACGUGUCCGUCUACAGGAUCAGAGACUUGCACGAACUGGCUUCGAAGAAGUUCAAAGUGGAAACCAACGCGAAGCAGCUGUUGAUGACUGGCUGCGUCAUUUUGUAUCCGGAUUGCUGCGUCGUCGUCGUGGAAGGGGGGCCCAAGCAGCAGAAGAAGUACAAGAGGCUGAUGUUGAACCGCAUCAAAUGGGAGGAGGAUAUGGUGAAAGACCCCGACGGCAUGGAAGUGCCUAACAAGUGCGUGCUGGUCUGGGAAGGGACGACGAAGCAGCGGAAUUUUGGAGAAGUGAAGUUCAAGGUGUGUCCGACGGAAAGGUUGGCCAGGGAGCACUUUAAAAAGCAUAAGGUCGAGCAUUAUUGGGACUUGGCUUACAGCGGGGCUGUUUUGGAGCAAGCAAACGAUAC